AUGGCAGGUUAUUAUGUAUUUUUCGACGUAAUAAAUUACUUAACUGUCUUCGUUUACAGUUUAGCACUUGGCUUCUAUCUGAACUUCUUUAUUAGAUACUGUGGGGUAUUCAAGAAGGUUAAAGACGUUGCCAAUAUCCUGUGCUUCAUUUUUAUAUUGCUGGCCUUUAUAUCUAGAAUAUUUCUGUGCAUUAUACCUAUGAUCUACUUUAAUUCACAUGGAUACACGAUAGUUGACAGCUUGUAAUCAUAGUAGAAUCCUUACUAAAGUAAAAUACUGUUGGUGUAUGCAGAAUCUGAUAAUUAAGCCCAGAAUUUCAUGAAUUAUGCAAUGAUAGUUAACGCUAUAAGAUGGAUAACAAUAGUAAUGAAAUCAAAUAAAAGCAUAGUGCCAAAGCUAUUACUCGGGCUUCUACUAAUUUGCUUUACCAUCAACACUAUAUAUUAUUUCUACGAUAUAUUGCAAAUAACAGUCGGCAAAUACCUGUUUGGCAAAAUGACAAAAGAAGAAAAAUUUAUAAUUCUUCUUGGGAUCCUUUUAAUGUAUGUUGGCAUUACAUUAGCCCUAGCAUAUUCAAUGAUAUACCUACACGGGGAUUUCAAGAAUUAGUACAUUUAGAGCAAGUAAUUCAUGAAUGAUUAAGAUUUGAAAGAUCAUAAAAAGAAUAAGACAAGGAUGAAAAGAUUCUUCAAAUACUUGAUCGCAGCGAUAUUAGUCAAAGGUAUCCCAUUAAAUGUAGCUUAAAUGGUUAUUCUGAUGUAAGAAAUCAAUCUUUCAUCUAAAAUAUUUUCUUUAUGGCUCGUAUUGACCAGCGUAUUCUCCUACAUAUCAGAACUGCUAGUCAUAUUCAUUAUCUCUAAAUCCAUUGUUUGGACUUUGGUAACUUUUGACAAAUAUGAAUCAUAGCAAAGACUAAGAGAAAAUACAUAAGUCAUUCUGCAAGAUAUUCAAAUAUUGGAUACAGAGGGUGAUUUAAUGAAACCAGAGAAUGGACUUAACAACUCUUAUGAAAAUGACACCAUCUAAAAACUAACAGCUCACUAUUCUGGAAACUCAGGAAAUGAAUAGACGAUGCAAUUUUAGCGAAUGCUAAUGGAUAACAGCUUUUCUGCUCCCACCGAUUGA